AUGGCAUCCUGCCUUCUCCUCCUCGCCGCCUCGGCCAUCCUCUUCGUCACGGCCGCGGGGCAGGACAACAAGAUCACGGAGCCAGAUGAUCCGUUCUGCUCGAAGACGGACAACUACACCGACGGCAGCCAAUACAAGAAGAACCUGGACCAGCUGCUGGCCGCGCUUCCCGCGGCGGCCGGCAACAACGGCUGGUUCUACAAGGCCAGCGCCGGGGCAGGGGCCGACGAGGUGUUCGGCCUCGUCAUGUGCUUCGCGGACCGCAACGCGACGCAGUGCCUGGAUUGUCUCUCGACGGCGGCAGCCGGCAUCACGACGGUGUGCCCGGGCAGCCGGAACGUGAGCGCGUCGUACGUCGCGUGCGUGCUCCGGUACUCGGCUGCGCCGAUACCUGCCACCGCGGACCUCAGCUACGUGCGCCGGAAAAUCCCUUUCAUCGACCCUACCUCUGUCUUGGUGCCGGCCGCUUGGGUGCCACUGAUGAGCAAACUCACGGGGGACGUCACCUACUCGCCGCUGCGGAUUGCCAACAGCAGCACGCUGUACUCGGGCUCAGAGAUGAUGUACGGCCUGGCGCAGUGCACCAGGGACCUCAACGCCAGCGAGUGCUUGACCUGCAUCUCAAACUACACCCACAGGCUGGGGAAGGCGUUCCCUAACAACACCAGAGGUGCCCUCACGGGCUACACCUGCUACCUGCGCUACCAGCUGCACAGCCAGGGAAGGGUUCUCGACGCCGCCGACCCAAGGCUGAACGGAGAGUUCGACGGCCGGGAAAUGGAGAGCGUGCUGGUGGCCGGGCUCUGGUGCACGCAGGACGACCGCAACCUGAGGCCGUCCAUCAGGCAGGUCGUCAGCGUGCUUCGGUUCGAGGCGCCGCUGCCGAGCCUCCCUCAGAGGGCGCCAGUGGCAAUCUACAAACCGCCGGUUAUUGGCCUGCUAAACUCUGUUCCAUCUUCUCUUGGGACAGACAGCGUCGUCGUCUCGGAAAGGUCAACAAGCUAG